GAGACAACAACGUGAGUAGAGCCUGUCAUAUGUUUCUGCUGCUUUACUGAUUCCUCCGGUUUUUGCAGCUUAAUUACACGGAUUAUCUUCAAAAUGGGGCACACGAGUUUAGAAAAAAUCAUUGCACUACAAAAGAAAACCUCAAACAUUAGAAACAUCUGUAUUUUGGCACAUGUGGAUCAUGGGAAAACAACACUGGCAGAUUGUUUGGUUGCAAGCAACGGCAUAAUUUCCAAUCGCUUGGCAGGGAAGCUCAGGUACUUGGACAGCCGGGAGGAUGAACAGAUCCGGGGGAUCACUAUGAAGUCCAGCGCCAUUUCAUUACAGUAUACGACAGGAGAAAACGAAUACCUCAUUAAUCUGAUCGACUCUCCCGGUCAUGUGGACUUCUCCUCUGAGGUGUCUACGGCUGUGCGGCUCUGUGAUGGAGCCAUUGUCAUUGUGGACGCAGUAGAAGGAGUGUGUCCUCAGACACAAGCAGUAUUGCGCCAGGCAUGGCUGGAGAACAUUCGACCUGUACUCGUUAUCAACAAGAUCGAUCGGCUAAUCGUGGAGCUCAAGCUCAGUCCUCAAGAGUCCUACACUCACCUUCAGAAAAUUCUCGAACAGGUAAAUGCUGUGACAGGCAGUCUGUUCACUUCGAAAGUGCUGGAGGAACGGGCAGUGAAGGAGGCACAGACUCACGAAGAGCAUCCUGAAGCCGACGGAGGAGAGCAGGUUUACGACUGGAGCUCAGGCCUGGAAGAAACAGACGACUCUCAUCUAUAUUUCAGUCCUGACCAGGGCAACGUGGUGUUUGCCAGUGCAAUCGACUCCUGGGGCUUCAGCAUCCAUCAGUUUGCACAGAUCUACAGCCAGAAGAUGGGGAUUCGCUUGCAGCUUUUACAGAAGACCCUGUGGGGGGAUUACUUCCUGAAUGCCAAGGCUAAAAAGAUCAUGAAGGGAGCACAGGCAAAAGGAAAAAAGCCUCUUUUUGUCCAGCUGGUCCUGGACAAUAUUUGGAGUUUAUACGAUGCUGUGGUCAUCAGAAGAGACAAAGAGAAGGUGGAGAAGAUGGUGACCUCAUUAGGGUUAAAGGUCAUGGCCCGAGACCUUCGUCAUUCUGACCCCAAAGUGCUCCUGAGUGCCAUCUGCAGUCAGUGGUUGCCCGUGACUCAGGCGGUGCUCUCAAUGGUGUGUGAGAAGUUGCCGGCUCCUACUGAGGUGAGCUCUGAGAGAGUGGAGAAGCUGAUGAGUGUGGGCACACGCAGGUUCGACUCCCUGCCCGAAAAAACACGACAGCUUAAAAAAGCAUUCUUGGAGUGCGCAAGUGAAGAAUCGGCGCCAGUCAUCGUUUUCGUGUCAAAGAUGUUCGCUGUGGAUUCAAAGGCCCUGCCACAGAACAAACAGAGGCCCCUGACUCAGGAGGAGAUUUCUCAGCGUCGAGAGCUGGCCAGACAGAGACAUGCGGAGAGACAAGCGGCCAGUCAGGGCUCUGAAAACCCAGAGGCCACCAGCACCAACAAACCAGAUACUGACGAUCUGUGCAUGCAGACGGAGGCCCUGACAGUGAAAUCCACUUCAGAGGAGAAAGAGUGUUUUGUAGCUUUUGCACGUGUCUACAGUGGCAUAGUGCGCAGAGGUCAGACUGUGUUUGUGCUCGGACCCAAGUACGACCCUGCUGUCGCGCUGCAGACGCUAUCAGAUGAGUGUACAGUCUCUGACUCUAUGCCCGCCAUACCCCACAUGGCCUGCUGCACUCUGGAGCGGUUGUACUUGCUGAUGGGUCGAGAGCUCGAGGAGCUUGAUGAGGUUCCAGCAGGCAACGUUCUGGGAAUCGGUGGGAUGGAGGAGUUUAUUCUAAAGUCAGCCACCAUCUCGACCUCGGCCGCGUGCCCCCCCUUCACGCCACUCAACUUCGAGGCCACCCCCAUCGUCAGAGUAGCGAUCGAACCCAAACAUCCCAGCGAGAUGCCCAAGCUGGUGCGGGGGAUGCGUCUCCUGAACCAGGCUGACCCGUGUGUGGAAGUUUUGAUCCAGGAGAGUGGAGAGCAUGUACUUGUCACAGCAGGAGAGGUUCACCUGCAGCGCUGCCUUGAUGACCUUCGUGAGAGGUUUGCCAAAAUUGAGAUCAGCGUCUCUGCUCCCAUCAUCCCAUUCCGUGAGACAGUGAUUCGGCCGCCCAAAGUGGACAUGGUGAACGAGGAUCUUGGGCGGCAGCAGAAGAUUGCAGUGAUCCAUCAAACUAAAGAGGAGCAAAACAAACUCCCAGAAAAUAUUCAGAUAGAUUCAAGCGGCCUGGUGACCCUCACCACCCCCAACAAAAUGGCCACUAUCAGCAUUCGGGCUGUGCCUCUACCUGAGGAAGUGACCAGGCUGUUGGAGAAGAACGCAGUGCUCAUCCGAACAAUGGAGCACUUCAACCUGCUGGCACGAGAGGGCAAAGCUUUAGAGAUUAGGUCACAAACUCUGGAGGAAAUCCGUGAUUUAAAGGCAGAAUUAGAAAAGCACCUUCAGGGACACAAGUGGAGAAACGCAGUGGAGAGGAUCUGGGCAUUUGGACCACGUCGCUACGGCCCCAACAUUCUCCUGAACAGUGUUGAAGGAUACCAAAGGCCAUCAGUGUGGCAGUCUCUAAAAUUAGACAAGGAGAAAAGCGAAGGUGUCACUCUGAGAGAUUUGGACAACAGCAUUGUUAGUGGGUUCCAGCUGGCCACGCUGUCAGGCCCCAUGUGUGAGGAGCCGCUGAUGGGGGUCUGCUUCUCCGUAGAGAGCUGGGACUUGAAAAUCCCAACUCAGACUUUACAGAAGAACUCACAAGAUGACUCUAUUCAUCACCAGAGUUUGGAGGCAAAUAAUAACGAGCUUGGAGAAGACAGCGAGGCACAGAGCAGACGUCGAGACACGGUCGACUGCUACGGGCCUUUUUCAGGUCAGCUCAUUGCUUCCAUAAAAGAGGCGUGCAGGUACGCUUUCCAGGCCAAACCACAGCGCCUCAUGGCCGCCAUGUACACCUGUGAGAUAAUGGCUACAGCUGAGGUCUUAGGGCGUGUGUAUGGUGUCCUCUCCAAGCGCGAAGGUCGUGUCCUCAAUGAGGAGAUGAAGGAGGGAACAGAUGUGUUCAUCAUCAGAGCCGUACUGCCGGUGGCCGAGAGCUUUGGAUUUGCCGACGAGAUCCGCACAAGGACGAGCGGCCUGGCAAGCCCUCAACUGGUGUUCACUCACUGGGAGGUCAUCUCCAGCGAUCCGUUCUGGGUGCCAACUACUGAAGAAGAAUAUCUCCACUUUGGAGAGAAGGCAGAUUCGGCCAAUCAGACACUGAAGUACAUGAAUGCUGUUCGGAAGCGCAAAGGGCUUUAUGUGGAGGAGAAGAUCGUCGAACACGCUGAGAAACAGCGGACUCUCGGCAAGAAUAAAUGAACUCUUCAACACACAAAAUUUCCCUUCGAAAAACAAGAGCUCCCUGGUUUUGAAACUUUUUUUUUAUUUUUAUUUAUUUAUUUUUUUUUGCUGGAUGGCUGUUUAAAGUCCAAUAAUUGUACUGAGUUCAUCCAUACAAUUAUGGCGUAAUUGGUCUGGAUAUCUGUAUAUUCAGUAUUCUUCAAACAAAAGUUUCAAAAAUCUGAAAACCACUGGGGACUAAAAGCAAAUACCACAUUAUACUACAAUAUUCCACAAUAUUUCCAAAUACAGUUCUAAAAUGUUGACUUGACAUGACAAUUCCAUUUGCUGUGUACUUAAUGAAGACAGUUUGUGUAGCUACGUGUAUUAAAUACAUGACAGUAGUUGCAAAAAUGCAAAACUUACUGACCAAAGUGAACUCAGCAUAAUGUUUGUCUGAACAGCAUGAGACCUUUAUUUUGACAAAUUUCUUGACUGGUUUGAAGUUUUAGAAUUCUGUAUUAAACAGCCUUCGAUCUAACAUCUGGUGAGCCGUCCUUGCCAAGCAAUUCAUUUUCACUUGAGCUUUUCUUAAAGAUAUAGUUUGAUGAAAAAUUAACUGUACUCCUUUCUCCAUUACCUCAAAUGAUGUCAGUCGGCCAAGACGUCCAUUUACUGAGACUUGCAUUACUUGACAGCUACAUUAUCCUCCCAGCUCCAGUGCAGAACUAAAAAAGGAAACCUUAGACAUGUAACGCACCUUGACUGAUCAACUAUAUUUGCAGUAAAGGGAACAUUGUGUAAAAUUAGAUUUUUUUUUUCACUGAACCAUUGCUUUAAAUUAGCACAGUUCUGGAGCUGCAUUUCUCAACAAUGUGUGAAAAGCUCCCCAAUGCCAAAGACAAUUGGAUAAUUGACUAGACUAGCCUUCUCCUAGAGUUCCCCGAUGGAUUUCAUCAUGCAGGCUAUUAAGACCUUAAAUUAAGUUGUGGGGAAGGAAAAAAAACAAGUACAGUGAAUUUCAAGGAUUAGAAGCAUUGAAUUAUUUUGUGGAACAAAGACUAUUAUUAAAUGAAUUACAAUCUCA